CCGGUGACAGCGUGUGUGUUACCCGCAAGGGUACACAGACGUGUAUGACACCACGCUUGCAGAAAGGAUGGCUGAUGAGAUUGAGAUCAAAUCUGGAAGUAAAGUGGGGCCUUUGGCGUUUUCUGGUGACUAUGUUGAGCUGGCCGAGGUCAUCGGCACUGGUGCCCAGGGGCAGGUCUUCGCUUGCCGCCGGGAGCAGAAGCCGGGGCAGAGGCUAGCAGCAAAGGUCGUGGACUCUCAGCGCUUGCAGCUGAUGGCUGAUGAUCCAGAGGCUGUGGUGAAGAAGCUGGAGUCAGAGGUGCGGAUUCUGCGAAACGCAGAGCACGACCACUGCGUCAGCCUGUAUGACAUCUACCGCACAAAGCGUUGGAUCGUGCUGGUCAUGGAGCGCUUGGAAGGCGGCGAGCUCUUUGAGCAGAUCGCAAAGAAGCGGACGCUCCAGGAGUUCGAGGCCAAGCACGUAUUGCGGCAGAUCGUCUCGGGCCUGCAAUUCUUGCACCAGAAACACAUUGCCCAUCGGGACCUGAAGCCCGAGAACAUCUUGAUUUCCAAGAUGCAGCCAGCAGAGUCACCUCAUGAGGGCUGCACGUUGUACGACAUCAAGAUAGCAGACUAUGGCCUUUCCAAGUACAGUGAGGAGGAGCUCAAGAGCCUUGUGGGCACCCCCCAGUACUGGGCUCCGGAGAUGCUGUUCGGACAGGGCAGGGACUCCUACGACCAGCGAGUGGACCUUUGGAGUUUGGGCGUUCUGCUCUACGUCAUGCUGUAUGGCAGAUAUCCUUUCAAGGGAGAGGAUGCCAAUGAACAGAUCAAGGCGGCGCGCUUCGACCUGAGCCGGCCCAAGGGUGAGCCUUCAGAGGAGGCCAAAGACCUCAUCAGGAAGCUGCUGAAGGUGAAGCCUGCCGAGCGCCUCUCCCUGCAGGGCUGCCUGGAGCAUCCUUGGCUAUCGGAGGGCAAGGGAGCUGAGGUGCCUCAGCCGGAGCCUGUCUCUGCGGUGCAGCUGGCGACGCCUGCGCCACGGCGGCUGCCGCUGGACCUGCAACAGCUGCUUCAGCUGCAGAUGUCCCUGGGCCGGUCGCUGCAGAUCGCAUGCCUGGCCUGUCGCCAGAGCCACCCAGACUUGUCCGCAAAGAUUCGGGAGACCAUCAUGCAGGCCUACAUGCUCUGGCAGCACGCUUUAAAGGUGGUGGGCACGUACGCGCAGGUGUCCCGCAAGGUUACGGAGCGUGUGCUCCCGGACUUGGAGCUGGCAGUGCAGGAGUCGGAGCCAGACCUGGGCUUCGACCUCCUGGGGAUGGUGGAAGGCUGGAUCCAGCAGAUGACCAGCGAUGGCGAAACCACGCACAAGCUCUGCGAUGAGCUCUCGCAGCAGAUGGGGCGCCUCAUCACCCAGGCGCAGAAGGAGCAUUUCAUCAGCGAGGGACAGGUGGAGGCGCCACGCCAGGGAGCUCUCUGUGAUGCCAGCCAGCUCCAGCAGACCAGGCAAGACCUGCUGGACGGCCUGAUGGCCUUUGCGGAGCAGAUGGCUAAGGGCAAAGCAGAUGAGGCCAAGAGCCAGGAUUUGGUGGAGCUUCUCUUCAUGAGCCCGGGCGCGCCAGAGCUUGCCAGCGCCAAGAGCGCGGAAACCGCCAAAAGUGCUAGUGAGGAAGGCCGACCCUCCUCCUCUGCCAGCACUGAGAAGCGCUCCGAGGACUCCCAGAAGAAGGCCGAAACAGCUGCGCCGAGCGUGCCCGCGGCCAUGCCUGCCACACCCACGGCCGCCACGCCGGCCACGCCGGCCACGCCGGCCGCCACGCCGGCCGCCACGCCGGCCGCCACGCCGGCCACGCCGGCAACUGCCGCCGUGGAGCUCGGAGAGCUGGCACUGCAGCCUGCAGGCGUCCAGGCACCCUCUGGCUCUGUGCAUCCCCUGCUGCGGGCUUUGUGCGAACUGCAUCAAGUCGGUGAUAUCCUCCGCCAAUGCACUGCCUUCUGGGGCCACAUCGAGAGCACCGUGCAAGAGCUGGCACGCUCCAAGGACCACACGCAGUCGCUGCUGCGCUACGCCUCCAAGAGCCAACGGCUGAAGGAGCGCUUCGACCAGCGCCUGGCAGAGUACAGCUCUUUCUGGGCCUCGCUGCUGGCGCUUUGCGAGCAGUACUGCGCCGAGGUGCAGCCUGCCCUACAGCACAUGUCGGCCUUUAUCCGGGACAUGGAGGUGGCUGCAGAUGUGCGAGUGGCGGCAGCGGAGCGUAUUGCCCUUUGCGAAGCGAGAUGAAACGGAGGCACCGACCAUUGAGGCCAAUCAGCCCUCUUUUGCCAAGCUGCUCUUUUCCUGGCCGAUGAGCAACCAGUGCAAGCAACCCGCACUGCCAUAACUCCCCUAGCUGGUAGGUUGGUGCCAGACAUCGCCCAGGGAGAGUUGCCCAGGUGUAAAGCGCCAUUAGCACAAAGGCCGUUAGCGUGCCUUUUUGUGCAGCCUCGGUGCUGGGGAGGGGGGUCGCAAUGGGCAAUUCUAG